UUUUCAUCAAAAGCGAAGCUCAAUGCAGUUCCAGCAGCGCUAGCGAGAUGCACGGCACUGGAUUACGCUCCCUUCUCGGCCAGCUGGUGAUAGUGGUGAUCUUGGCGCAGGUCCUGGGACGGCUGCACAAGCGCAAUGGCUAUCAUUAUAGACCCCAGCAGCCCCCACCACUUCACCAGAAUGGAUACUUCGAGCCACACCAUCCUGCAGUGGAGCCUCCGGAGCCGGAGAAGCCACAACACAGUUCCAAAGGUUACUACAGCCAGUCCGGCGGCGGAGGAGGAUCCGGCAAGGGAAGUGCUGGCUACAGCAUAGGCAGUGGCCUGCGCUCUAUCGCUCAGGGAUCAGCGGAUCAGGCUUAUAGUGCUGUGGCUAACCAACAUGCUGCUGCCAAGCAGGCGGCUUACAUAGCCCAAAACACCCUGGCUCAGGCGGCAUCCCAAGCGGCCGCCACUGCGCAGGCGGCCUUGGUGGGAAAGCAGGUAGUUCUCCAGGAACUAGAGCAACAGGCUGCCGAGGCCCAGCGCUCCCUCUCGCGGGAACUGGAACAACUGAAGGCGGCCAAAAUCUCCGCCAAGUUGGCCCAACAAACAGCCCAAGCGGCGCAUCAUCACAUCUCGGUACUCACAGCAGCUGUGAAUAAUGCCAAAUCCGUGGCGGAACAGGCAGAGCAAACUUCCACAGAGGUGAACAAUCAGCUAGCGUCCCAAUCCACAAUGGUGGGUCAAGCUAAGAACCGACUGGAGCAGGUGGAGGAGCAACUGCACCAGGCUAGAGUGGACUUCGCGGCCACCAAGGAAUCUGCUUUGAAGGCGGCCAGUUCGGCGGCAGCUGCCCAGGUUAAUGCCUCAAAGGCAGCCCAACACGCCACGAUUGGACUCCACGAGAGCACCAAUCCGUCAGCUCAUGGGCACGAGGGUCAGGAGCUUAGCGGAGAGGAGGAGUCCUAUGACGAGCACCUGGCCCCCAGUGGAGGAGGAGAAAUAUCUUUGGGUCACACAGCACACGGAGAGGAGAUUACGGAGCAUGUUCGAACUCCUUACUAGUAAGCAAUUUAAAAGAGUUGUUUGUUAAUUGUAAUCUUUAAAAUUAUUUAUGUAAAUAAAUGAAUAAAGUCGGACUUACUUGGCUGUGAGUUGUCUGCGAAAUUUAGAAGUAUAUUUCAAACUAUUUGGUUUCUGAAUGGGAAAACUAGUUUAAGCAAUUCAAUAUACGAGAGUGAAAAGUUUAUAGAGCGCAUAAAACUGAAAAAAAAGUAUUCCAAUUUUUAAAAAUUUAAUGAACCGCUAUUGAUUUAUCGAUUUACGAUAAGUUCGGCGUUUUCAACACAGGGCCCAGCAAAGACACCAACCAUACACUUUAAAGUACUUUAAAACGUAAAAUAUUUCUUACAUACAGGGAACUGCUAUAUUAGGCACUUAAAAUAGCAAAUUUUAAGAUAAAUAUUAUUGAAAAUUGUAUAUUUACUUAUUAUUUAUAAAACAAAUAGUCGCAAGUAGAUCAAAAGAAGUAUAGAUAUAGAUAUAGGAUCAUAAAUAAAUUGAAUCAGAAUAAUCACGCAA